AUGGAAGAUUACUAUGAGCCUACUUCAGACAAUGGGGAUAAUGUUUCCAUGGGAGUAGAAGAACCAGCAGCAUCUUUGAGCAACAUGUGGGCAGCAUUGGAUGAUUUUGAUUCUUUCUUCACCAAACCUUCUGACACCAGAGGGCAUCAUUCGUCACGGGUUCCAGCCAAAAGAGUCGACAAGACGUAUCAUGCGCACAGUGUUUCUAUGGACACCAAUUCCAGCGAUUUGACGUCGCCAAUUGACUCAGUACCGCAAGUGUACGAUAAUAAAGCGCUUGUGAUUCUCAACCGGAGUUUGGCGAGAACGCAAUCGAACACAUCUUUUAAAAGCAGCUUGGCUGACAACUAUGGGUCUCCCACGCAUUAUGGGAUCAGUGAAGGUACAGCUACAAAAAGAUCAUACAUCCCGUUCCGCAACAGCCGUCUUUCGAGGAAAGUGGAAAUGAAUGUGACGCCGAAAAUGACAUCAGGCGCAAGUGUCUUCGAGCAAAGCGCCUCGUCGCCUGCUUCACGGAUGUCGUUGAAGACAAGUCCCCAGUUUCUCAAUCUGCACACCAACAGCCCACAAGAACCAGUUUCUCCGGAAUCAAACAACCCGGACUCGAAGAGACUAGAUCUGUUGUUGAACGGGAGAAAGCGGAACAAACGCACACAGGGUAUGUAG